UAAACCCAAACAAGUAGUUAAAAACCAACUCACUACUUGGCAUAAACAGAUCCUACAUUUUGUCUACUCUACUCUGCUCGUCCCUGCCCUUCUUCUUUUUCACUUCGCCAACCCUUUUAAACGCCACCAAAGCGGGAGACGUUGAUGUAGCUCAGUCACACAAACAUCCAUGGAGACCGAUACUUAAGCUUCCCAGAGACCACUUUACUAUUUUUAGACGGAGAGAAGUAAGUCCAGUACUGUGAACUAAGACACAAUCGGCUAAAAUGGUGCAAGAACAACACCAGAAUCUUGAGAAACAAAUCGAGAAACAAAUGGGUUGCAUGGCCGGAUUCCUCCAGAUCUUUGAUCGCAGCCAGAUUCUCACCGGAAAACGCUUCUACUCCACCAAACGCCUCCCUCCUUCCAAUAUUAUUGAUUCCAGUUCAGAGUUAGAGAAGGUGGUCGUUGAGCAUCAUCAACCAACAAGAACGUUGCCUUCACCGGACAACUUAAAACAUCAGCAUCAGCAACAGCUGAACUCUCCGGUGACGGAGCCACGUUCACCGUUACCGGAGUCUUCACCCAAAUUACCUCUACCUCUGCAAGUUUUCGAAUUAAAAGAAGGCAACAAAUCCUCAUGGAAAUUCUGCAAAGAAGCUCCAAGGCUUUCUCUAGACAGCAGAGCAACAUUCGACGCCGUUAAAGGAAACCUGAAGCCCAAAGAGAUCCGUACAAAUGCAGCAAUUUUAUCAUCAUCCUCGUCACUAAACAAGAACGGAGUAGCAGAAGAAACAGAUGAUGAUCACAACAAGCAACACAGAUCACCGAGCGUAAUCGCUAGACUAAUGGGACUGGAGAAGCUACCCGAAUGGGAAGGCGAACCAGAACAACCUAAAAAACCUGAACUCCGACGAUCCGCUUCAGAGUCGAGAGCUAACAGAGAUCUCCAUCAGUACCGGUUCAUCGACGGGGUUAACUUCCAGUUAAAGCAAUCGCAGCAGCAACAGUGUAAUUUCACACCAGUAAAAGAUCAAACGGUUAAAAACAGAGCAGUAAUGGAUCCGAAGGAGUAUCGUAAUGCUGUGAGAAAUGUAAGAGCUGAGCCAGCUGCAAGAGGAGCAACUAAAAGUUUAGGGCAGAAGAAAAGUUUCUAUGAUACAGCUGAUUUUUUCCCGGAACCCAAACAGACUGCUUCUAUCUACGGCGAGAUUGAGAAGCGGCUUAAAAUGAGAGGCAUCGACGAGCCGGCGAAGGAUCUCGAAACGCUUAAACACAUUCUCGAGGCGUUGCAGCUUAAAGGACUGUUGCAUACAAAAAAGCCAUCGAAUCAAAACAGAAAUUUCGUUUACGACGGUCGGAGUUUCGAGGAAGAAUCUCCGAUUGUGGUAAUGAAACCGGCGAGAUCGGUAUCUCCUUCUACUCCGAUUAACCGGCAAGGAAGAUUCAGCAACGGUUAUAAUUCUCCUCCUCCUCCUUCGAGUUACAGGUCAUCUCCAAUACGCCGCGAUUCGAACACAAUGCCGGCGGCAAUGAGCCCGAGGCGUGACCGGCCGGAGGUUGAACAUAACGGACGGAGUCAAAACAGAUGUGAUAAUAGGAAUUCAAUUUCGCCGACGAGAAGUGAGAGUAGUAGCUUGAAAAGUCCAAGCCGAAGAGGACCGUUGAGUGUUGAAACGCAGCGGAGAGGAAGCAAUAUUAAUAAUUCUAGAGUCUCUCCAGUUCAGUCUCCGAGAGUUAAUUCAAGGAAAACGACACCGGAUCAGUUCAGUAAUCGGUCGCCGAGAAACCGGAAACAAACAGCUGUUGUCGGCGGUGAAGAUGAAUCGUCUUCGUUUUCCGAUAGUAUCAGCUCCUCUUCUCAGACUGACACAGAGAUUUUACAGAGGUCAAAAAUGGAGGAUUACAAGGAAGGGAGAAAUUUAUUAGAGAGGUGUGAUAAAUUACUGCACAGCAUAGCAGAAAUGACAACGACGACGACGAGCGAGUUACAACCGAGUCCAGUGUCAGUUCUUGACUCGUCAUUUUACAAAGAGGAAUCUUCGCCUUCGCCUGUCAUGAAACGCAGCGUUGAUUUCAAAGAUCAGUUAGCUGAAUUUGAAGAUGAUGAUCUCUGGAGCCCAGCUGUGUCUCCAAUACAGUUGAUUAAAUCAGUUGAAAAUUCAGAGGAUUGUGAUUUUAUUUACAUUUCUGAUAUCCUUAAAGCGUUCAACUAUUUGCCUGAGGAUUCAGAUGUGUUCUUGUUACUUGAGAAACAACAGUAUUUAAAAGGAAAAGACUCUUCUAAAGUCUCAAGACUUCAGAGGAAGCUUAUUUUCGACACGAUUCAAGAAAUUCUCAAUCGGAAAAGGCGGUUUUCCUCCUGGAAGGCUAGCAUUUGCGUAAAUUCUAGCCGCGAAGGAACUACAUUGCAGCAAAUUUGGUCGGAGUUUCGAAUAAUUCGCGAACGAGAAUCUUCGGAUGACUUGUUAGAGGUGAUUUGUGGUAUGCUGAAAAAGGACUUAGCGGGAGAUGCUUUAAAUGGAUGGAGAGACUGCCAAAUUGAGAUGUCGGAUGCAGUUUUAGACAUCGAGAGGCUAAUUUUUAAGGAUUUAAUCGGCGAAACGAUUCGAGAUCUCGCCGUGUUCGAUGGGAAAUGCAAUCAAGCAACGUUGCCUAGAAGGAAGUUAGUUUUCUGAAAGCUAAGGCAAAAGCGUUUAGUCUAUUUCUUUUUGUUAUUUUCCAGUGUUUUUUAAUUAAUUUUUUUGGGUAUUAACAAAAAAUGUGAGUAACGUUUAAUUCUAAGUGCAGUUUACCUGAAAACCAGGCAAAUCUAA